AUGGCGUGGUUAAGGUUACAGCCCCUCACCUCUGCCUUCCUCCAUUUUGGGCUGAUUACUUUUGUGCUCUUCCUGAAUGGUCUUCGGGCAGAGGCUGGUGGUUCAGGGCAUGUGCCCAGCACAGGGCAGAACAAUGAGUCCUGUUCAGAGUCCUCGGACUGCAAGGAGGGUGUCAUCCUGCCAAUCUGGUAUCCGGAGAACCCUUCCCUUGGGGAUAAGAUUGCCAGGGUCAUUGUCUAUUUUGUGGCCCUGAUAUACAUGUUCCUUGGGGUGUCCAUCAUUGCUGACCGCUUCAUGGCAUCUAUUGAAGUCAUCACUUCUCAGGAGAGAGAGGUGACUAUCAAAAAGCCCAAUGGAGAGACCAGCACAACAACCAUUCGGGUCUGGAAUGAAACUGUCUCCAACCUGACCCUCAUGGCCCUGGGUUCCUCUGCUCCCGAGAUCCUUCUCUCUUUAAUUGAGGUGUGUGGUCAUGGGUUCAUUGCUGGUGAUCUGGGACCUUCUACCAUCGUAGGUAGUGCAGCUUUUAACAUGUUCAUCAUCAUUGGAAUCUGCGUCUACGUGAUCCCGGAUGGAGAGACUCGCAAGAUCAAGCACCUACGAGUCUUCCUCAUCACUGCUGCUUGGAGUAUCUUUGCUUACAUCUGGCUCUAUAUGAUCCUGGCAGUCUUCUCUCCUGGUGUGGUUCAGGUUUGGGAAGGCCUUCUCACUCUCUUCUUCUUUCCAGUGUGUGUCCUUCUGGCUUGGGUGGCAGAUAGGCGGCUGCUCUUCUACAAAUACAUGCACAAAAAGUACCGCACAGAUAAACACCGAGGGGUUAUCAUAGAGACAGAGGGUAACCACCCCAAGGGCAUUGAGAUGGAUGGGAAAAUGAUGAAUUCCCACUUCCUGGAUGGGAACCUGGUGCCCCUGGAAGGAAAGGAAAUGGAUGAGUCCCGCAGGGAGAUGAUCCGGAUUCUAAAGGAUCUGAAGCAGAAACACCCAGAGAAGGACUUAGAUCAACUGGUAGAGAUGGCCAAUUACUAUGCUCUUUCCCAUCAGCAGAAGAGCCGUGCCUUCUACCGGAUCCAAGCCACCCGUAUGAUGACUGGAGCAGGCAAUAUUCUGAAGAAGCAUGCAGCAGAACAAGCCAAAAAGUCCUCCAGCAUAAAUGAGGUGCACACCAAUGAGCCCGAGGACUUCGUCUCGAAGGUCUUCUUUGACCCAUGCUCUUACCAGUGCCUGGAGAACUGUGGGGCUGUACUCCUGACCGUGGUGAGGAAAGGGGGGGACAUGUCCAAGACUGUGUAUGUGGACUACAAAACAGAGGAUGGCUCUGCCAAUGCAGGGGCUGACUACGAGUUCACAGAGGGCACUGUGGUUCUGAAGCCGGGAGAGACCCAGAAGGAGUUCUCUGUGGGCAUCAUCGACGAUGACAUUUUUGAGGAGGAUGAACACUUCUUUGUGAGGUUGAGCAACGUCCGCAUCGAGGAGGAGCAACCAGAGGAAGGGAUCCCUCCGAUAGUACUCAAUAGUCUUCCAUUGCCUCAGGCCAUCCUGGUGUCCCCGUAUGUGGCCACAGUCACCAUCCUGGAUGAUGAUCACGCAGGCAUCUUCACUUUUGAAUGUGACACUAUUCGUGUCAGUGAGAGUAUUGGUGUCCUGGAAGUCAAGGUUCUGCGGACAUCAGGUGCCCGGGGCACAGUCAUCGUCCCCUUUAGGACAGUAGAGGGGACGGCCAAGGGUGGCGGUGAGGAUUUUGAAGAUGCGUACGGGGAGCUGGAGUUCAAGAAUGACGAAACUGUCAAAACAAUUCACGUCAAGGUAAUUGAUGAUGAGGCGUAUGAGAAAAACAAGAAUUACUUCAUUGAGAUGAUGGGCCCCCGCAUGGUGGAUAUGAGUUUUCAGAAAGCGCUCCUGUUGUCUCCAGAGGUGACAGACAGGAAGCUGACUGUGGAGGAGGAGGAGGCCAAGAGGAUAGCAGAAAUGGGAAAGCCAAUACUGGGUGAACAUCCCAAACUAGAGGUCAUCAUUGAAGAAUCCUUUGAGUUCAAGAGUACGGUGGACAAACUGAUCAAGAAGACAAACCUGGCCAUGGUUGUGGGGACCCAUUCCUGGAGGGACCAGUUCAUGGAGGCCAUCACUGUCAGUGCAGCAGGGGACGAGGAUGAGGAUGAGUCAGGAGAGGAGAGGCUGCCAUCCUGCUUUGACUACGUCAUGCACUUUCUGACGGUCUUCUGGAAGGUGCUGUUUGCCUGCGUUCCCCCUACAGAGUACUGCCAUGGCUGGGCCUGCUUUGUUGUGUCCAUUCUCAUCAUUGGCAUGCUCACAGCCAUAAUCGGGGACCUGGCCUCCCACUUCGGCUGCACCAUUGGCCUCAAGGACUCGGUCACAGCUGUUGUGUUUGUGGCAUUUGGCACCUCUGUGCCAGAUAUGUUUGCCAGCAAAGCCGCUGCCAUCCAGGAUAUGUACUCAGAUGCCUCCAUCGGCAACGUCACGGGCAGCAACGCCAUCAACGUCUUCCUGGGCAUCGGCCUGGCCUGGUCCGUGGCCGCCAUCUACUGGGCCUUGCAGGGACAGGAUUUCUACGUGUCGGCCGGCACGCUGGCCUUCUCCGUCACCCUUUUCACCAUCUUCGCAUUCGUGUGCAUCAGCGUGCUCCUGUACCGCCGGCGGCCACACCUGGGUGGGGAGCUGGGCGGCCCCCGUGGCUGCAAGCUGGCCACAACAUGGCUCUUUGUGAGCCUGUGGCUCCUCUACAUACUCUUUGCCACGCUGGAGGCCUACUGCUACAUCAGGGGGUUCUGAA